AAGCAUAAAUUGAUAAACUUCAAUUAUGUAAGCAAGCAAUUUCGCACAUUGGCCGAUUGCCGCCAACGGCGUUGUUUCCAUGUUCCGACGACAUUCAACCGCCAACCGUCGCGCGUGCCUUCAUUUCUCAUUCGUCAUCUGCUUCAUAUCCCACAGUAUACAAUCGCACAUACAGUGACAUUUAUAUAGUUGCGAUCUAGCUGGAUUUGAGCUCGAAUUGCAACACCCUUAGGAAAAUUUGACGCUCUUGGCCGUCGCUCCUGCCCCCCCUGGAUCCGCCACUGACGCCAAGAGAUCUCAUAAAGGUUUAUUCGAUUGGGAAGCGAUGCCUAAAUCAAAAAACGAGACCCCUGCAGUUCGCGUUUAUACAGUUUGUGAUGAAUCAAGGUACCUGAUUGUUAGGAAUGUUCCUUCUUUGGGUUGUGGAGAUGAGCUCUUGAAAUUGUUCUCUACUUAUGGCCCAGUUGCAGAAUGUAAGCCGAUGGAUGCGGAAGAAUGUGAGGCUUAUACCGAUGUUUAUUGGAUCAAAUUUCAUCAACUCAGCAAUGCUAGGUUUGCCAAAAGAAAGUUAGACGAGUCUGUUUUUCUAGGAAACCAAAUACAAGUGACAUAUGCACCCGAGUAUGAGAGCCUCUCUGACACAAAAGAGAAGUUAGAAGGACGGAGGAAGGAAGUUCUAGCACGACUUAACCCAAGAAGAUCUAAAGGCCCUUCGGAUUCCAGUAGAGAGCCUUCCUUAGCUUCCACUCCUUCGAUCAAGGAGUCAGGUCCCCCUACUUCUUCCUUAUCUCAAAGGAAUUCGGUCGAGUCACGGGCUGGUAUCACAGGAUAUGCUUCCUCCAUGCCAUUAGUCUCUUCGGAUAAGGAAUAUUUUCCAUCAGAAUCGAUGAAUCAAACGGUUAAGUUGGUUAGGGAGAAAUUGAAUAAGAUAGAAUCAAGUUCAGAGCAUGGGGCAUUGGGGUCUUUCAAGAAGGCGCGUGUCGACAAUAGAAGAAGGAUCUAGUUAUAUAAUGUGGGAUAUAUAUAUAUGUAUGUAUUGUAUUUGAAUUUUGAUCGAUGUGGUAAUGUGCAUGCUUCGAGUUUGCUUAUCACAAA